AUGCCACCAAGGAAAAAGGGCAAGGUCACAAGUGCUGCUGUCGAUCAUAGUGAACGCCUGAAGGAGCUAUUGAGCGAGUGCCGCUGCGCUCGUCCCAACCGUCCGAAGAUAGAGAAGCUGUUGGAUUUGCUGCCACCCGACACGGAUGCAUUGCGCCAGGCCAUGUUUGCCGCUGUUCGUCAACAGCGUGCCGAUGUUCUGGAGUGGGUGCUCAAGCGAGGUGCGGAUGCGAACGUGAGCGAGGACGAUACAGCAUCUGCCUGGCGCGCGCUGCCGAUAGCGAUCGGCAACACUUGCUGCCCUUGCGUAUCUUUACUUCUCGCGCACGGAGCAAAACUCGCGCAGCGGGACGUCAACCAAGCCGUGCACGGCCUCCACGAUUCGGGCAUCCACAGCUUAUCGAAUGAGCUGAUUCUGCAGGUGAUCGAAAAGGCUUGGGCGGGCGAGCGCGUCGGCGCGGACGCUGGCGUCGUCGCUUUCAAUGAUCAGAAGGCGCACAUGCCCGAAGGCGUGCCUGCCCGCGCGACAAUGUGGCGGCAUCUGCACAAGGAGUGCGGAGAGAAGUACUGCCCGGUUCGCCGGGCCGAGGAGCGGGAGGCCAAGUGGGACGCGGAGAGGGCGGCGGAGCGGGCCGACGGGCUAGAGAGAGAGCCCUAG